AUGCUGCUUGCUGAGGUCGAUUGGGCAACGGUUUUAGAGGUCUUGGACCUGGAAGACCUCUGUGACUUGCCUUUGCCACAGGAUGCCUUCGUUACCUUGCUCUUCAAAUUGGCCCAAGCGCCUGGAGAGGCCCGGAGGAUUCUCACAAUGAUGAAGGCGAUGCCCACCUCACCGC